GUUGCGGCGGGUCUUGUUCUUGUAGGGAAAGGCAAAAUCGAUCCCACUGUGCAAGCAAAAGAAAAUUGAAAGUCAGAAAACCUUAUAAAGCGGCGAGGGCAACCGCAAUAUUAUUUUUCCGACAGAGAAGAGAGAAACACAGCUGACCGAAUUGUCUAAAAAAAAAAGAUGGCGAAUAAUAAUAGCUGUUUGGCUAGAAUCACUGCCGGAGUUGCCAUUGGCGGCGCAGUUGGUGGCGCUGUAGGUGCUGUCUAUGGAACUUACGAGGCGAUUAGAUUCAAGGUUCCGGGACUUAUGAAGAUUAGAUACAUUGGCCAAACUACCGUUGGCAGUGCGGCAAUUUUCGGGCUUUUUCUAGGUGCCGGCAGUUUGAUACAUUGUGGAAAAGGCUACUGAUUCCCUUACAUUUCUUUAGCUCUAGAAGCUUUUAAGUUUGUCUCUCUGGUCAAAGAUUGGAUUCUUUUCUGAAAGAUAUUGAGUUUUUUUUUUUUUUUUUUUGAAUAAGUAUUGGAUGAAUAAACUUAUAUGUUUCUGCUGCUAUUUGUGAACUUUCAUCUCUGUUCGUUUGA